AUGAGUGUUUCUGUCAUCGAAAGAGGUGAACUUCGGCGGACUGUCAAUAGCAGUGAAAAGGGAUUAUCAAACAGCACCACGUCGUUAUCGAGAAAGAAACGUUUUCUGUUAUUUCCCCCUGGUGGCAGUUUGCUAGUAACAGCAUCGGCACUGAAAGGUUUAUUGUACAAAGCACCAGGUGGAAAUGUAUUAGUUGCAGAGCUGGACAUGUUUCAUCCAUUACCUGACUAUCGGUAUCGUUUCUCCGCUUUUCGGCUUGGUGAAGUGGCAAUGUUGCCAACCGAACCCCCAAAGAAGCCACCCGCAACAACCGGAAUGCCCCAAGUGACCAGUCCGAUUCCAAAAGAUCCUAACGAAAUCCAUGAAGUUUCGCCGGAGGAGCUGAAAGAAUAUUUAACCAAACAUCCUGAAGCAUAUGUUUCCCCGGGAUAUAACAAGGAUCGUUCCGACUGGAAUCACCGGCUAACGUAUCAAGAUGUGAAACAUCAGAUUCUAAGUGACAGGUUCAAACCUAGCAAUUACUAUAAUAAUCAAUUCCAUCAACCAUAUAAAAGUAAACUCUGGAACUACGAUUCGAAUAAUCAUCUGCAGCGAAACUUUUAUCGAUCCAAAAGAUCACUCGAUGAGGGAAUGGACACUGAAUGGGAGGAAGAACUGGACUUCUUCAACAUAAGCCACCAUCGUGAAUGGGAGGGCUACUAUCACUACCGAGAGAGGCGCGAACUGUAUCACACUUUGGAAAAUGGAAUCGAGGACAGAUUCGGUAUUCCAAUAAAAUCUUGCAUUAUGAGGGCUAUUUGUGAAACGAAAAAUUUACUACCACCUUCGGGGAAAUCUAUGAUUAUUGACAUUGCCCGGAUAAUGUUCAGUGUACCGCUGAAAGAGGAUCUUGAAGAUGAUUACAGUGAGGCUAUGAGAGACCGAAACGUUGAUUGUCAGGUAGUAUACAACAACAAAUGUCCAAUUAGCCUUCUUCAACUAAUGUUGUUUGGAAAAUUUGUAUCAUAGAAGCGAUUCGCCACAGAAUUGUUAUUCUAAUCAUUCA